AUGAGAUUUCUUCCAUUGCUUCCCCUUCUGGGGCUGACAACCGCCACAGCAAUCACUGCGCCCCGUGCUACCACCGGCACAGAAACCUCCCUCGAGCCCUAUCAGUUCCGCGCCCUCAACCCCCGCGGCACUGUCCGUCUUUCUGACCUCCUCAACCCCCUCAUCGGUUUCUUGGAGUGUUCACAAGGCGAUGCCACUGUUCAGCUACUCUGCCGCGUCGUCGCCGCCAAGGUGAACGAUGCGCUCGCUGCAAACAACAUCAAGAUUGACCGAAGCGGUCUUCUGUUCCAAUACAACGACCCCACCAACGUCAAAAUUGACACUGGCCAUUCCUGCACGGUCACGGCCGAGAUCACUGGCACCCAAGCCAAUGCCAAGCUCCUCGCCGAGGCCGGCAUCAAGUUCUCGGGUAAUCCCAUCUCCCUAUCCAACCCCGGCAUCUUCGUCGCCGACCUCCCCAUCGAGCUUUGGGCGCGCGCCGAUAUCAAGCAAAAGUUCGGGGCUAGGGUCCUGGGUAAGUGCAUCGGCGCUGGUUCCGACUCGUUCAACGCAGCUGGCUCUCUGGCCACCCGUGCUCAACUUGCCAUCCUCUUCACCUUCGCACCUGCCCCCCUCAAACGCGAUGCGGCAGGCAACUACAUCCUCACCAUCCGUCCCAUCACCAAGGUUGCUGCCCAAUUCAGCGACACGAACAUCAAGUUCAACAUCAGCGGGGUGUCCUUCCUUAACGGUCUUGUCACGGCCAUCCUGGGUAGCACAUCCAGUAUCCUCAAGGCGGUAACCCACCUCUUCAAGGGUGACUCCCUCAAGGCAGUUUGGAAUGACAUCCUCCGGUCGGUUAUCGAUAUUACUGCCGGCACGCUGCUCGCCACUCCGUUUGAUCUUCUUGAUAACCUUGUCGAGAUGCUCGCUAAAAGUGUGAUCGAGGAAAAGACCCAAGCACUUAACACCGCCUACAGCGGUGAGCUUGAGAAGGCUCUCAGGGCCAAGGUCUCGCAGGCACUCGGACUGAACGCCAAUGGGGAGAGGUCAUUCACCUUGAAGAAGGAUAUUGUUGAGUUGGUUGCCAUCUUGGGCGAGAGGAGUCCCGAUCUCUGGCUUCCCGACAAGCCUGCCAAUUUCUGUUCGUCCGACGCCCAGUGUGACGAUGGCAGAUACUGCAACGGCGUCGAGAAGUGUGUGAACGAGGUUUGUAUCGGCGGGUUCGAGCCGUGCACGAGACUUGAUGCCAUCUGCGUCGAGUCGACUAAGACUUGCCGAAUCCAGCCGCCGCGGUGCGGAACUGGGAGGUGCCAGAUCCCCCGAGAUGCGGGCGAGUUGGCUGAGAUUGAGGCAUACUAG